GUGUUUUGUUCAUAAUCAAAACAUCGGAUAAUGUACAUAUACUUAGGUUCAUAUGAUAUGUACAUACAUACCAUUAGACUUUUAACCUUUCAUAAUAAAAACAAAAUAUUUUAACUCAGUGUGACCUAGAAACUAAGUGUUUACCUAAACAGAGCUAGAUCAAGUAUACGCUAUAUAUGAAAAGAACUGUUAUGCUCUGACACUAGCUAAAAUGGCGACAAAUGGAGUUUUAUACUGUGAGGCCGACUCGACAACAAGUGUUUCUGAAGAGCCACAAAUGAUGGCAAGAAUAUGUGAAAUAGAGACACAACUGAAAAUACUUUCAGCUGGACAGGCACAAAUUUUAGAACAACUGCAGGUACUUGUCUCGGAGAAGAAAAAUACACAGAAAUUGCCUAUCAAGAAAAAAGCUGCUGUUUCUAAGAAUCGAAGACCAACAAUUCACGACAUGUCCAUGCUGCAAAGUUUGCCUGAAGCUUUACAGGAACAUAUCAUUAAUUUUACCAAUGAUCUGGUGUUUAAGGAUGCUCUUAGAGACAGAGUUAUUGAAAAGGAUUGUUUAUCCGAGGAAGACUGCGAACUGAUUGACUCUAAACCCACAACUAGAGACCAGACAAGACUCUUGAUAAAGAAAUUAAAAGACAGAGGACCCAUCGUUAUCAGAAACUUUCUCGAUAUUUUGCAAGAGGAUAUAGCGUAUAAACAUUUAGCUGAAAUGGUCAAUGAAUCUUUUCUCCACAUUUCAAAGCAAUAUCGUGAUACCCAGUGUGUUGUUUGUGUUCUGAGGACACAUGUGGACGUAAAAGAUGUGGGUGACUUUCUCUGGAAAAACAGAGUUAUACCAGACAGGGUAUGGGACAGUAUAGUUGAUUUAGACAGUACGUUUUGCAAUCGAACAAUGCUUUGGAAUGAAAUAUUCUCUUGUAUUAAUGCCUGUAAGAACGUUGAUGAAGUAAAAGACAUUCUUAUCGAAUCGAUAGAAAAAUAUCCAGAUGUAGUUGAGAUAAUCAAGCGAAUUCCGAGCAGACAACACAUGUCAUGUUGUUGUUUGCGGCGCAGAUCACUGAGGCAAAAACGAUCUUAUUUGUACGGUAGCACCAGCGAUAUAAGUACCACAUCAGAAAUACCAAGAGGAAACCUUCCGAGUGGAAAUCUGUUUACAGACUACGAUUCUGCACCUUCAUCGAUGGACCCACUUAAAGAUUCAUUCACAUCGCAACAUUCGUUUUCUAAAGAACAUCUUGAUCAUUACGACAGUAUAGGAAGCUCGAAAGACAACGAUGACGUACAAAACACAACAGCUUCGCCUCGAAAUCGCCAUCAGUCAGAAAAGUUUGUUCCACAGGAAAAUUUUGUAAAUGAAGAAAGCGAUAGAUGUCAGAGUUUGUCGGGUUAUUAUGGUGAGGGGCUUCCGGAAAAUGCUCCUGAAAACACUCUAAACCAAAUGUUUGACAGAAGUAUGAGUAAAAUGAGCAAUUCCACUUUACAAGCUCCAAAAUCAGGAUCCGGAAAUGAGUCAUCUAUUGGAGAACACACAGAAUGUAAAGUUUCUUUGACAUCUGACGUACGUUCGUCAACAUCGGAUAAAGCAACUAGUCCCGAAGUAGAUAUUCCCAGUCAUAACUUCAAUGUUAGACAAGAAGAAAAUCCAAACAACACCCUAGAUAAUCAAGAUCACGAAACGGACAAUCAUUCUCAUUCUAAUUACCGUAAACGAACUGACAACAGUAAUUCGAAAACAUCCCAAUCACCAAAGGAACGCAUGAAAGGCAAGUGCAAUUCUGAAAACGAUGAUGAAGUUUUUGUGGAUGUUGAUGCAGACAGCGAUGCACAUCCUGACAUGACUCGGAAAGAAAGACGAAAAAUAAAAAAUAAACGGCAGAAAAUCAAAACGCGACAAAAUACACCGUUUUCGGGUGGCCUAUUUGUAACACGAUCGGUGAGUUAUCAGGAAAAGGUUGACCCUAAAAUAGGCGUGAAACCUCUGUGUGUGAAGAAAAGUAAGAAAAGUGCAAAAAGAGAACUGCGGAGACAAAGGUCUCGCCAAGAAUGCGCAACAUCAGAUGAACUGUGCGAUAAUUCAGAUGAAAGUCGAGGCCUUAAACAUCCGUAUAAUCCCAUGGUGGGAAAGGUUCCGCGACCAAAACUAACCCCUAGUUGGGAUUAUCAUCAAACCCGCAGAUUCUUUCAGCUUUGUCAGCUGAAUGCCAUGACUUCCAAUCAAAACGCAUUUUCCGACACAGACAAUAUGACUUUAUCCGAUAGUGAAUUAACAGAAUAUACUGUUUAAGAUAUUAAAAACCUUCAGAUUUGUCAAUUUAAAUAACUGAAUAAGUGACUUCAUCUUUGUAUAUUGUCCUGCUCUGAAUGAAAAUAUUGUUUGUUCGUAAACGCCUUGUACAUAAAUGCAUAUAUUAUACAAAGCCCUAAUUGUCGAGUGGUUUAAACGGUUUUUUAAUAAAAAGUAAAGCGUU